ACACACUGUUAGUCUUUAUAGAUAUGCUUUAUAAGUAACAGCAACCAAAUAAAUAUUUCGGAAGUAUCGGGAAAAAAUCUACGAAAAUCGAAAACUCUUUUUACGUUCGCGUGUGUUAAAUUUUGUUUAUAUACUCCACUCUUUACUCCUUUUGUUAUUUGAUCUACAGGGAUAUUUGUUUUUAAGAGUGAUUGAUAAUGGAUGGCAUGUUUGGAAAUCUGAACCAGAGAUUUAAGCAGCUGAGCAAUGUGGAGGGCAAGCGUAUGGCCAUUAAGCUGGUUGGAUUCUAUGCCAUGGGCUGGACGCUGCGGAAGCUGAUCAAGUGAAGUGAAUGAAGCUAUAUAUGUGUAUAUAUAUUUGUGUGUGAAGAUAUAUAUAGCCAGUCCAAAUUUCGUGUGCCGUAACACUAUGAGCAUUUAAAGCAAAUCGAUUAAAUAUAAAUAAUAAAUGCUUACAUCAAAAUCACA